AUGAUAAAAUAGGGUUGUAUUAUUGGCGCUUAUGUGGGAGAUGCUUCUGGUGGAGUGUUAGAGUUUAUGAAAUCAAUAACAAAAGAGCAAGUCAAAAAUGCACUUACUUUUCCAGGUGGAGGAGCUAUGGGCCUAGGAAAAGGAUAAAUAACUGAUGAUUCUGAAAUGGCUCAAUGUAUUCUUCAUGGUAUAUUGGAAAGUCAAAGAGAGAAACUAGAUAAGACUUUGAUACUUGAUUUGGAUAAUAUUACAAAAUAUUAUGGAAUGUGGGUAUAAGAAGCUUUUGAUUAUUACAAUCCUAGGCCACUUGAUGUAUUUCUAAAUGUGGCUACAAACUCCUAUAAUCACUCUCUUAGCAAUGGGUGUCUAAUGAGAAUUACACCUUAAGCUGUUUGGGGUUCUCAACUCAGUAAUGAAGAUCUAAAUUUAGCUGUGGAAUUACAAACUAACUUAACGCAUGUUUAAUAAAAGUGCAUCGAAGCAUGCCAACUCUAUUGCUUAGCUAUUAAACAUCUUAUCAAUAACCCAGGUGAUGCAAAGGGUGCUUACAAGUUAGCAAAAUCCUAAGCAAAGGAAACAAAAAAUUGGUUUGAAUCAAUUAGUCAGUAAAAGCUUCCGAAUCCUAAAGUCCACAUUGGGGAUGCUGUUAUUGCAUUUAGCUACUCCUUUGAUUUCUUGAAGAAAGUCAUUGAUAACAAAUUAUUGACCUUCGAAUAAAUCAUAUAAGAAACUUUAUUAUUAGGAGGAGAUACUGACACUAAUGCUGCAAUUGUUGGAGGAUUGCUUGGAGCAUAUUUUGGAGUAAAAAAUAUACCAAAUAAUUGGAUUAAAUCUAUGUUAAACUUUAACAAUUUUGAAGAAAGUGGAAUUGAUGAAGGCAUAGAAAGAUCUAAAUUUCUCAUCCCAAGAUAUAACUUAAUUGAUGAUAUCAAUACUUUAAUAAGACAUGCCCCUAAAACAUUAUAGGUUAAGUACAUGGGAUAGAUUUAUGAAGAUUUAGAAUCUAUUAAAGUCAUAUUACCUGAAGCAAGAUAAGAAAGAGUAGCGUCUCUAUAAGUUAGCUUAAAAUAAAUGUGA